AUGGAAUGGUAUACAAUCCUAUUAAUUAUUUUAAUUAUUUUGUUAACAAUCAUCAUUAUAAUACUGAUUAUUUGUUCUUUUAUUGGAAAAAGUUGUAUAUUCACGGUUGAAAAACGAACAACGAAACCACCUGACACUCAAAUAACGGUUCAGCCAUCAGAAGCGGCCAAACGUCGUCGAUAUCCAUUUCUAAAAACGAAAACGGCAAUUGUACCUCCACCACCCGAAGAAAAAAAGAAGAGUAUACAAUUUUCGGUUGGAAUUGGUAAAGAUAAUAAAAACGUUAUUCAAUCACAGGAACAACAACAACCACUGUUGACUUCUCAACAGGAACAGCAGCCACCAUUAUCUAUCAGAGAAGUGAAAAAACAGCAUAAAUUGAAAGAGAAAGAAGAAAAAAUUCAGCGAAAAUUAGAUGAACAACGGCAAAAGGAAUAUGAACAAAAAUUAGCUGAAAAACAGAGAGUGCUCGAUGAACGAAAACGUAUGAGGGAGGAGCUAAAAAAGAAGUACAAUCUGCCUUCCUUAUCAGCAGAAGUCUAG